AUGACUACACUCCUCUCCCUCCUCCGCCGAGAGUGCAAUGGCGACGACACAGUCUCCAGCUGCACAAAGCCAACCAGCCGAGCGCUGACAGUCGGCGUCCCAGCCGCGAUAACAGGAGUCCUCCUCCUCACAGCAAUAAUCGUCCUCGUCGUCCUCUACUACAAACGCCAGCGCAGAGAUGAUCGCGAAGACCUAGAAGACCGCAACCGCUCCUCAGGCUUCUACGGUCGCUACGCGCAGCAGCGAUUCGGCGGGCAGGGCCAAGCACAGGGACAAGGACAGCGUGGUGCGCCAACCAGCUCGCGCCGCAGUUCUGGGGAGUCGUUCUUUGAUUACAAGCAGGAGGAUUAUGGGCGGUAUCAUAUGGCUUCGUUUCAGGAGCCUGAGGUGCCGAAGCCGACUGCUACUACGAGAGUUGUUGCAUAG